AGGUGCUAGAUUUGUGGCAUGUAACCUAAAUGGAUCUCUUGUAAGAAUUGUGGGUAUUAUUAAUGGCCGAAGAUGCAUUUCAGUUCCGAUCUGGUGGUACAUCAUUGAACAAUAUGGCUACUCAAGCCCAAGGUGGACCUCCGAAGAGGAAAGAAAUCUACAAAUAUGAGGCGCCCUGGUGUGUCUACAGCAUGAACUGGAGCAUACGUCCGGACAAGCGUUUCAGACUGGCACUGGGAAGUUUUGUUGAAGAAUACAACAAUAAGGUCCAGAUAGUUUCACUAGAUGAAGACACUUCAGAAUUCACAUCCAAAGGAACCUUUGAUCAUCCAUACCCAACAACAAAAAUUAUGUGGAUUCCAGACACGAAGGGUGUGUUCCCUGACCUGCUUGCCACAAGUGGAGACUAUCUCCGAGUUUGGAGAGUGGGGGACACAGAUGCCAGGCUUGAAUGCCUCCUAAAUAAUAAUAAGAAUUCAGAUUUCUGCGCUCCAUUGACAUCUUUUGACUGGAAUGAAGUGGAUCCAAACCUCUUGGGAACCUCCAGUAUCGACACCACAUGUACAAUAUGGGGACUUGAGACUGGUCAAGUGAUGGGUAGAGUGAAUGUUGUGUCUGGCCAUGUGAAGACCCAGCUGAUUGCCCAUGACAAGGAGGUGUAUGAUAUUGCCUUCAGCAGAGCCGGCGGGGGCAGGGAUAUGUUCGCUAGCGUUGGUGCAGACGGUUCAGUGCGCAUGUUUGACCUGCGCCACUUGGAGCACUCCACAAUCAUCUAUGAGGACCCACAGCACCACCCCCUGCUGAGGCUGGGCUGGAACAAGCAGGACCCCAACUACCUUGCCACCAUGGCCAUGGACGCUCUCGAGGUGAUUAUCCUGGAUGUGCGAGUUCCAUGCACACCCGUGGCCCGUCUGAACAACCAUCGAGCAUGUGUGAAUGGCAUAGCCUGGGCGCCCCACUCUAGCUGUCACAUAUGUACUGCAGCUGAUGACCACCAGGCGUUGAUCUGGGACAUCCAGCAGAUGCCCAGGGCCAUUGAGGACCCAAUCCUGGCCUACACGGCCGCAGGAGAGAUCAACCAGAUACAAUGGUCCUCCACACAGCCCGACUGGAUAGCCAUCUGCUACAAUAACUGCUUAGAAAUCCUUAGGGUGUGAAAUAUGAGAACAAUGACAGAGCAGUCUGUCUCUAUAUCUUUGCCACUAAAAAUGCUUUGGAGAUGACAGCAAAUUUUUGUGUCUGUUUUUGGUGUGUUGCGCAGCAUUUUAAAUUAAGUUUAACACCACAUUAAGCAGAUCAAAUGCGGAACUGCUUUCGUCUCUUUGUUUGCAUACAUGCCAUUUGUGCAACUGAUUGAAGCAGUUAUUUCAACAGCUUAGUACUUUUGUUCAUCAUGCGUUCUUAGAGCAAUUUUUAUUGAUUAAAACGUACCUCAAUAAGUUUUCUUUAAUAGUCACAAUAAACUUGUGCAAAACAUGCACAAAAAAAGCGUAUACAAACAUAAGAAACAAUCAAAGUGUUAAAUGUAUGUAAACGGAGUUCACAAGUGCCAGGUCAAUUUUAUGGAUUUAUACAACUUAAGGUAGAUUGUCUGUCCUACAUCUUGAGUUACAAUAAUGCAUCUUGUUUAUUUUUUAUACCAAGUGUGUUUUAUUUAUAUUUAACAUUGAAUAAUUACAUGGAUACCCUACAUGUAUGUGUUUUUAGUAAUAGAUUUUGACUUAUUAAUUCACAUGUUUAUCAGUAAACGUUUUCAAUACUUUAUGCAAAAAGAAAUUAUUGUUACCAUACAUAUAAUACAGUAUUGUGACAUUCACAAACUCUUUGUUGUAAAAAUCAGCAUAAUGCAUGCCAUCAUUUGUAUAUAUGCUUCUUUAUAUUGUAUAUAUUAGUUCAGUCAUUGUCUUCGUGUAAGGUUCAUGUUGUAUAUGGGGAAAAAACACAAUACAAUUGAGGUCAUAACUUUGUUAUUUAUAAAAUGAUGUUUAAUCAUGUUUUAAAAUCAGUGGCAACAGUCUUUUAACGGUAAUUACAUUUUAAUAUAUGUUUUUGAUACCUGUGUAUAAUAAUGCAUUGUCUGUGUCCUAUACAAUUUUAGUGUUCAUAUAACAAUCUAUGUCAGGAUUUUGCAGCGAAAUAUUUUAUAUUAAGUAUUUUGCUUUGUAAAUUUAAUGAUCAAGGAAUUGUGUGACAAUUAGAUUUUUUAUGUACCCCAGUCUAUACUGGGGGACAUAUUGUUUUUGCCCUGUCUGUUGGUUUGUUUGCUUCAAACUUUAACAUUGGUCAUAACUUUUGCAAUAUUGAAGAUAGCAAUUUUAUACUUGGCAUGCAUGUGUAUCUCAUGGUGCUGCACAUUUUGAGUGGUGAAAGGUCAAGGUCAUUCUUCAAGGUCAAAAAAUACAAUCCAAAAAGCUUUAUAAGGGAGAUAAUUUCUAAACCUGCCAAAUAAUAUAUUGAAAUUUUAUUUCAAAGCGGCGCAAUAGGGGGCAUUGUGGUUCUGACAAACACAUCUCUUGUUUUGCAUUUCAUCCGUGAUUGAUCUGUACUUUAUUUCAAAUCUUGUUGUGAACUGUCAUUAAAAAUGAAUUUAAUGUG